AACUGUAGGAAGCAGGCUUUGGGCAAUUCCCUUGGUAAAGAUGGCCGCUCUGGGCGGAGAGGAGGCGGUGACGUGUGGUCAGAGCUGCAGGGGCAGACAGGAGUGAAGAUGAGGGAUCAGAGGUUACAGAGGGAGACCCACCGCAGGCUGGCCCGGUACAGCAGUGUGAGAGGUAGAGAAGUGCAGCCUGGGGAAUUCUGGGAUGUGAUUGUCAUUACAGCGGCCGACAAACAACAAGAGAGAGCCUAUCAGCAGCAGAUUGCUGAUAAACUAGCCAGAAAAGAACUUCCUCUCGGAGUUCGUUAUCACGUUUUCUCUGAUCCGCCGGGACCCAAAAUAGGGAAUGGAGGAUCUACAUUGUAUGCUCUGCGCUGCCUGCAUCAGCUGUACCCCGAUGAAUUGGAUUCUUUUACAGUCAUGCUAAUCCAUGCUGGUGGCUACAGCCAGCGGUUGCCCCAUGCCAGCGCCUUGGGGAAGAUCUUCACAGCCGUACCCUUCGGUGACCCCGUUUAUCAAAUGAUCGACCUAAAAUUGGCUAUUUACAUCGACUUCCCCUCCAACAUGAAACCGGGUGUCCUGGUGACUUGCGCCGACGACAUCGAACUUUAUUCAAGCCAGGAGACGGCGGUUACAUUCGACAGGCCUGGCAUCACUGCCCUAGCUCACCCAUCUACGCUGGCUAUAGGCACCACUCACGGGGUGUUUGUGUUGAAAAAUCCGACGAAGAAUUUAGCGAGCUGCAGAUUCAAUCCUGUAAAUCCUACCUUCACAAGCCCUCUGUGGAGAAAAUGCGCCAAUCGGGCGCCGUCACCCCUCACCCGAGUACGGCAAGCCAGGACACCAAUCCCCUGCUCAGAAAUCGUCUAUACCGACAGCCUGUUUUAUAUGGAUCACCCGACGGCAAAACUUCUCCUGGGUUUCUUUGAAGAGUCGGGCGGCGUGCAGUGCGAGAUCGACGCGUACGGGGACUUUCUGCAGGCUUUGGGGCCCGACGCCACGCUAGACUACACAGAGAACACCGCCAACGUCUCCAAUGUAGAAUCACAGCUGACUGAUGUGCGGAGGAAGAUCUACUUCCUAUUGAGGGCAACAGACUUCACCGUCGUCCUUUUAAACAAUUCGAAAUUCUAUCACAUCGGGACCUUGCAGGAAUACUUACAUCACUUUACUUCUGAUGCCCAGCUCCGGGCAGAACUAGGAUUACAGGCGAACGUUUUCAGCAUCGUCCCAGAUCAAGAUGUGCAUAAAAAGGCCUGUGUCAUUCAAAGCGUAUUAGACGCUCAGUGCCGUGUCUCAGCUCACACGGUGAUUGAAUAUUCCAGGCUGGGGCCCGGCGUCUCCGUAGGGGAAUCCUGUAUCAUCAGCGGCUCAUGCAUAAGCAUCAGAUCAGCCAUACCCGACAAAUCUUUUGUGAGUUCAUUAAGCCUGGUGAUUGAUGGCCGGCUAAUGUAUGCGACAAUCCUGUUCGGGACCGAGGACGACUUGAAAAGGAGCGCGGCUUCGUUGUCGGAUCUGAACGCGCUUCAGAUAUUCGGCAAGAGUCUUCCGCGGUGCUUGGAGCUCUGGGGCAUUCCAGUUUCAGAAAAGCUUUUUUCCGGCGACCGAAAGAGUUUUGUGGAGCGUCCGUCUCUUCCCGGUGUACGAAACUUUACAAGAGUCUGUCGAGGCGUCUCUGGCGAUGCUCACCGCCGCGUCCAGCCAGUCGCAAGUGCGUUUGGGAGAUGCGGAGAGGCUGUCGAUUGAAGAGAUGCUGAAAUGCAAGAACGUCGAAGAGAUGUUGAACUUUAGAAAUCUCCUUUAUAGGGAAAUCUGUGCUCACAGAGAAAGCAAAAUGUAG